CGCUGCGCCUCGCCCCCAGCCUGACUCACGCAAGAUGGCGGCUGCGACUCCUACCGAGGUUGCUCCCGUCGGUCCGCCCUGACGGGCCUCCGUCUCCCUCGCGUCGCCAUGUUGGUGAGGGCGGGCGCGGCGCUGCUCGGUCUACCCCGCCGCCCCCCGCUCUGGCUAGGUGGGGGCGGAGGGAUGAGGCGGCUGAGCCGGGGCGCCCCUCCCCCACCCGCGGCUGUUCGGUGCUUCCCGCUCAGCCGCGCGCUCCUGCGCGUGCAGGGACCCGAGGCGGACACGUUCUUGCAGGGCCUGCUCACUAAUGACGUGGCGCGACUGAUGUGGGGCGGGGCGGACCGUCCCCCGGAGGGCGGGGUUCCCUCGCCCCCUCCACGCGCUCAGUACACGCAUGCGCUCAACGUGCAGGGCCGGUGCCUCUAUGAUCUCCUCCUCUACAGGCUUCAUGAAAGUCAAGAAGAGGAACCAAAUAUCCUGCUGGAGUGUGACUACUCAGUGCUGGAUUCUGUUCAAAAGCAUUUGAAAUUGUACAAGAUCCGGAGGAAAGUAGACAUAGCCCCCUGCCUUGAUCUCUCGUUAUGGGCAGUCAUCCCAGAGGAACAGUCUGGAGAUGUUUCCAGUACCCUUGAUAAAUGUGCAGACAAAACUUUGGUUUUAACUCCUGAUCCCAGAGUAGAAGUCAUGGGUUGGAGAUUGAUUACAAACAAAGAGGAAAAUCCACUAGAAAUUGUCCCUGGAAGUCAUAUAGGAAAUAUUAGCGAUUAUCAUAAGCACAGGUACAAACAAGGAAUAGCUGAAGGCGUAAAAGACAUCCCCCCAGGAGUAGCCUUGCCACUGGAAUCCAACCUGGCCUACAUGAAUGGAAUCAGCUUUACCAAAGGCUGUUAUAUUGGACAGGAGUUAACAGCUAGGACCCACCACACGGGUGUCAUCCGCAAACGCCUGUUGCCAGUGCAGCUUUCAGCUCCUUUGCCAUUGGGAAGCAUCCCCGAGGGGGCUGCGAUCGUAACUGAAUCGGGAAAGUCAGCUGGCAAGUACCGGGCUGGUGGAGAUGAACUUGGCAUAGCUUUGCUGCGAUUAGCCAACAUAAAUGAGCCACUUCAUAUCAAUUUACCAGGCGACACUAGUGUGAACCUUACUGCAUCUAUACCUAACUGGUGGCCAAAAACUACCGACAAAUAAAUGAGGGAUCCUCUGCAGCACAUCUGCCUUACUUAAUAAACUUUGUCUGAUAA